AUGGGCCCACAAUCGAUCACGCCCCAGUACAUCCAACGCCGACAAAUAGACGUAAAAUUCCCUGGAGACCAAGUUGAGGACAACCUUAAUUUCAGAAACGCUGCCAACUUUGUCUAUCGGGUGGGGCUACAGCUAGAGGCCGCGGAACUGGAUCCCUACGCCGAUGUCCAUCCGGUCGACGACGGCAUUCGGAGAUGGCUACACGUGUAUCCCCUGGUCUGGGACCUGUAUGUGGCAAAGGAUCUCGAUCGCCGCAUAUGGCUUGCGGAUGCGCGUCUCAAGCACCUCCAAGCCCAGCAGGCCGCUACCGUCUCUGGGGCUGCAGAUCGAUUCACAGGCGGUCUAUACGAUUCCAGGUGGAAUGUCAACAAGUCUGUACCGUCCCAGCAAUUCCAGACUCAGUCACAGAUUGUGAGGGCACAAUUCGUGCAGCCACAACACAGACAGCCGCAAUUCAUGCAGGCACAAUUCGACCAGCAACCCCAGCAGACAUCCCAGCAGACAGGCCAGUGGCAACCCCAACGGCAGGCAAACCAGCAGCAACCCAAGCCCGCCCAGCAGUCACCCCCGCUCGCCCAAAAGUACUCCAAUCCCGCUGGACAGCAGACCCAGAACCAAACCGUAGUGUGCAAUACACCAGAGGAGUUCUGGAGGUUCCUGGACACAAUAGAUGCCGACCGCCCCAGUGGUCAAUGCCCGUUUCCUCCCAGACAGUCCACCUCGAGUGACAGGAAUGGUAUUGCGAGGGCUGGCAACGAGCCUUCAAACCGAGCGCCGACUCCGAAGCAGAUGCGCCUCCAGUUCUCUUCCCAGUACCCAUCCCUUCCCAAGGAUGGAUCUGGCCAGGUUUCUCGAGGCCAAGCCCAGAAUCGUCCGCCUCGAAAAGAUAACGCUCCUACAGGAUCCGGCAACUUCGAAGCGGAUAUGAAGAAGAGCGACGGCGGGACCAUGAACUUGAGAAGAAUUCGGCGACUACCGAACCCCAUGUCUUCAAUGAGACAUACAAGCCAACAGGCGCCGCAAAGACAAAAGUUGUUCCAGAUGUUACUCCGACUGCGGACGCAGCUCCUGCCUCCAUGCAAACAGAAGAGGCCCCACCCUACUACCUCAUCAACGCAAGGCGCUGAGGACAAGACCAACCAGCCCCUCCCUGUACAGAACUCAGCAGCUGAUAUGGAUGACGAGGAUGCUGAGAAUAGUGGGGCACAAGCCAAUGACGUCCAAAAAGAAGAUGUCAAAGUACAACAAGACCAAGACGACGAAGCCUCAGCGCCAGUGGAGGAUGAGAAGGUCCCGUGGGGUCCUCAUGGACUGAACUGA